UCCUGCUUGAAUCGUUGGGUUUUUACUUAUUUUUUGAGAUGGAAAUUGAUCGAAAUCAGAUAUGCAUCGUAGAUUUUAGUCCGGGGUUGCUGGAGACGCUGGUUUCUGGUACUCUUGUUAUAUGGGAUUGUUCUCAAUUGAAUCCUGAAUCUGUUGCUUAUCCCCAUUGUUUUGAGACGGAACAGAGAAUGCAACAAUUUUGAAUUUUGAUUGGCAUUUGAUGGAAUCACGGAUGGUUUCUGCUUAUUCGUCGCUCUCUAAGUUGGCAUAAUUGAUUUCGGAUAUUGUAGUUUCAUUGUUUUUAUUCUUGUAAGAAUAUGGUGCUCGAAAUUUAUGCUGCCAGAAGUAGGCACAGUAGUUAUUCUUGAGAAGCAUUAUCGAACACUGAACAUGAUGUGGAGGGUGGUGUGAACGUAAACCUGUUUGAUUACUGGUUUAGUUUGGUGCAGGGAUGCAUGGUCAAGGGAAUUACAAUAUUCAGGUGCGGCAGGAUCCUUAUGCACGCCCUCCUGCAUUUCAGCAACACCCUGCAACCACUGCUCCUCCUACGUCCCAUUAUGGCCCACUCCCUCCACAACCACAAGUUAUUCAACAGGGGCACCCAUCUUUUCAUCCAAGACCUGGUGCUGUUGCGUAUCAGCAUGUCAUGACAAGUGUUCUACACCAUGGUCGACCUGCUCCAGUUAUGUCAGGUGGAAUGAGUUCUGCUCAAUCUUAUGCACAUCAUCCAAGACCUCUGCAGAUAAGCAACCAAAUCUCUCAUUCCUAUCCAACUAUUGAGCAACAGCUUUUGCCCUGGAGUCAAAAUAUACAUCAACUUCCUCCACCACCACCACCACCACCUCUUCAAGGCCAGAGUGCCUAUCAAUUGCCUUCUUCACAGGGGCAUACUCUAGAAAGAGGGCAUCCUUCUCAUGCUCCCCCACCCCCGCCGCCACCUUACUCAUCUAGUUCUAAUGUUUCGACGUCUGAUCCAUGUGGGUCCUCUGUGAUCCCAAUGCCAGAAAAUUCCUAUCAACAAUCAAUGGCGCCAGUGCUGCCUCCCCCUCCACCUCCACCUCUUCCCCCUUCGCCCCCUAGAGUCCCACCUCUUCCACCAUCUUCACCAUCAUCGGAUAUUCUAUCAAUGAAAGAAGAAAAUCAGAGCUGGAAGGGACUACCAGAUGAGGAAAAUUUGGAGUUAGAAUGUUCGCCUCCUGGGAAGCCCAUGCAUGAUCGAAGUGUACAUGUGCAGGUUCAGAUUCAACACACUGAAAGUGGAUUCAAAGUGGGAUCACUGGAUGCUGAGGCUGCUCAUUCCCCCACUGAUUCCGACAUGGAUAUGGAAGAUGAUAUCACUUACCCUGAUGAGGAGAAAAAGAAUUGCUCAUAUGUUAAUUCAAAUGAUGAGUGUGGUUCAAGGUCUCAAGAAGAUUAUACAGCAGAGAAACUACAACCUCUGCAGGAUAAUGGAGGACAAAGACUUUCUGAAAUUUCAGUAUGUGUAAAUCUAUUGUCUGCUGAAGCCUCAGUAGCACAAGCCAAAGAAGGAGGCUCUGGAGUUGCAUCUGAUUGUAAUGUCCCCAUCACCAUGAAGGUAUUUCCUAGAGCUGACUCAGACAAGACAGGAAAUGGACAAAAUGAACUCUCCUUGGAUGCUAGCAUAAAGGAGCCAGCUUCUGAGAAUAUCUAUUUUGGCCAAUCUGGGGGACCAGUUGUUCAUCCAGAACCUGGUUCUGGGGAACUUUCUUGUCAGCUCAUGAAAGAUGCAAAUCCUUCCAAAAUCUUACAGGGUUUUUCUUCCAACAGUACUUCCGAAAAUGAGGAAGAAAAUCUUGGGGAUGUCAGCCUCCCAUCUAUGAGUGAUGUAACUACAAAAUAUGAUGCUGAGAAGGGGCAUGCUGUUGGGUCAGAAGGCAGUCGUAAGAGUCUAUCAGAGUCUAAUAAGCACCUGCUCCCUGAGUCCGUGAUUGGAUCACCAAGAAGUGCGAUGCAAGCUGAUAAAUUGGAUAUUCCAACUGUGGUUGUAGCUGAAUUUUCUGAUAGAAGCCAUAGAGGUCGAAAAAACUGUCAGCAGUGGCACUUGUACUGCACGCCAAUCAAAAGAUUCUUCAAGUAA